CUCAGUCCUCCCACUGACAACUCAUCACUAUACAAAUCACCGUUGAAAUCUUUUGUGUCAAUUUACUUUCAAAAUUUUACACCAAUUACACAUUUCACGGUCUUCUCUCUUUCUCUCUAACUCCAGACAUUUAUAUAUUGCAGACCUCUCUCUAAUUCUCUCUCUCUCUCUCUCUCGCUCUCGCUCUCUCUAUAUAUAUAUCCCAAGUUCUUCUAGCAGAGAAAAAGAGAAAGUUGAAAGGUUGAUGUUUUUUUUUGAAGAGCUUCGAAGGGUCUCUGCGAAAUGCUAGGGUUUCUGGAUCGAAGAUUCUGAGAAGCACAUAGAGCAGAAGUGGAAAUGAGGGUCUUGGGGGAAGCUUCUUGGUGUUUCUGCAAUGGAGGGGGAAAGUCUGAAAGGAUGAAAGGGAGCAUUUUCUGCAGUAAAGGUCCGGCCAUUGCUAGAGUCUGUAAUGGGACUGGGUUUCUGAUACAGAGAAAUCUAUUGUUGACGACUCACGUUAACCUUCCGUCGGUGUCGGCAGCCGAGGGGGUUGAGAUCCGGUUGCAGGACCGUGUUGCUGCGAUGCUCGUUCCUCAAAGGUUCUUCAUUACCAGCUCUGUUCUUGAUCUUACAAUAGUGGGUUUAGAUGCCAUCGAUGGAGAUUCAAGUUCCCAGGGGCAACAGCUUCACUACUUGAAGACUUGCUCUAAUCCAAGUCUUGAUCUGGGCAGUGUAGUUUACCUUUUAGGCUACACAGGGAAAAGGGAAUUGACAGUGGGAGAGGGGAAAGUGGUGAUAGCCACUGAUAAUCUCAUAAAACUGUCAACAGAUGGAGUAACUUGGAGCCCUGGAUCUGCUGGUUUUGAUGUACAAGGCAAUCUUGCAUUCAUGGUCUGUGACCCCAUGAAACUUGCUACAUCUCCAACAACCAAAUCUUCAUCAACCUCAUCAUCUUCAUCAUCAUCGUGGAAAAAGGACCUCCCUAUGCAAUUUGGAAUCCCUAUUCCCAUCAUUUGUGAUUGGUUAAAUCAACACUGGGAAGCCAGCUCAGAUGAGCUUAGCAAGCCUAAAUUACCAAUUAUCAGAUUGAUCUCUACUGGACAGAAGAGUGAGCAUUCAUGCACUUCUUUCACACUGCGACGGGUCUUCAAGUCAACAGAGGGUGAAAAUGAAGAGAGAACAUCAUCAUCACAUAUCAUUUCAGGACCUGGGAAUCAUCCUGGACCAAGCUGUUCUGCUGCAAAUAUAUGCCAAGAAGAAACUCCAGUUGCUGAUCUACAAUGUUCUGUUGUUCAUGAGCAGGGCAUUCAAACUCCUGAAAUUUAUGAAUCCCCAAGGUUGACUUCAGUACCUAUCCAGAAGAAGGAAACUCAAAUUCAGCUUCUGGACAUUAACUUCCCUCCAAGGGUUCCUAAACCUAUUGCCCUGCCUUCUUCCAGCAAACAAUUGACCCCAAACACAGAUGAAAAUUGUGUUGGGGAACUUGCUUUGCAGAAUCCAAGAAAAGAAGACAAGGACGGAGGACCAUCCAGUCCUGGUGGAAAUGCUGAAAUUGCAUCAACUGGUUCUGUUAAUGGUGACCAUAGUGAGGUCCAAUCCAGUUCAUCUCCUGUUGAAGUUUCAGAGUUGCAAAAUGAUAGGCAUGGAUUCCAUCCAGACUAUAGCAGUGAAGGUGAGACAAUGUACUCUGCUGAAACUGCAGAGAGCAGAAACUACCCUAGCCCUCCUAGGGGCGAAAAGUUUCAGCAGGUUGGAAGGAGCCAAAGUUGUGUGAGCUACAACAGAUGGGGAGCUACUCAAAGGAAUCCUGUCACACACAGGGCAUCACUAGAAAAGCAUAGAAGCUUUGUACAAGGAAAGAAAAUGUAUUCACAGGGGGCAUCAUCUCAAAGGAGCCAUGAUUACUUUAGCCCCACUGUUUCUUCAAUUAUGAAGAAAAAGAACAGCUCAGAGCAGAUGACUCGACCCCGGCAAAAUGCAGUUCAUAUGUCUCCAAGAUGGAUGUUUUGAUUGAUUCUUACAGGGCAGAGCAACUGCAAGGGAAUCUUAUUCAUGUUGACCUGAUCCCUGUUCACCUAUACAGUAACUGAUUUUUUGUGAUUGUAUGUGCAGAAGAGUCAGUGAAUAAGCAACUUCAGUCAAGUUUUAGUAGAUCUGCUCAGGGAAAGAGUUAUUUUUUCAUUUCCUCUGUGAUAAUCUUCUUGUUUGAGACAGUAGUGCUGCUUGUUUCGUUAGAAGCAAGCUCAUUUUAACAGUGUUUUGGAUACGUUCCAUAUGCAUUUGGGCAUACAGGACGUAACUUUGUAUCCUUUAUAUAGUUUGGAAAGUGUGCAGAGAAAUGUUAAUAUUCCUUAACUAACUUAACGUGAUGUUACUGGUAUUAAAUUGAAGGGAUACCACUAUCAUGUGAUUGGUGUAGAAGGCCUUGUCUCAAUUGUUAGGAUUUGGCCUUGAGAAAACAAAAAGGUAGGUUCCUUAUCUUCUGGGAGGAGGGGGGUGUUCUCCAAUGUGAAUUGUAAAUUGUUUUUCAUGUAGCCAGUUUGAAAAUAUACUGUUUCAUAAAACAAAGACAGGGAACAUGUUCUUGGUUA